CCUGCCAUCCUUUCUCCCCCGAUCUCCGCCUCUGAUUGGCUGAGCCCCCGGCUCCCCGCUCCCCCUCUCCUCCAUCCCCGGUGAAAACUGCGGGCUCCGAGCUGGGUGCAGCAACCAGAGGCGGCGGCGCGUCUGGAGGAGGCUGCGGCAGCGGAAGAACCCCAGUCCAGAUCCCAAGCCCGCACAUCAUCUCAAACAAGAGUCCUCGAAUCAAAAGCCAGAUGCAGACCCCCCUUCCUCCUGGAUCUGGCUCAGGGCAGCAGCUCCACCCCGGGACAGAGAGAGCAUUGAUUGUAGCUGCAGCCGCCGCAGGAUCCUAGCCUCACCCGUCAAGGGGCUGAGCGCCAGAGACCCUGAACUCGGCGAGUGGCGCACCCUGCGCACCCGGGCGCACUCAACCCAGGCAAUGCCUUGCGCGCGCUCGUGGGUGCACGCCCCUUCUGUGGUCUCUCCUGGGCGAGCACUGCUCUGCAGACAGGCUGGGCUACCGGCUCCGCGUCGCCUCGCCAAGGAUCCAGGACUGAGCUCCCAGAACCAUGAACCCAGCCAUCAGCAUCGCUCUCCUGCUAACAGUCUUGCAGGUCUCCCGAGGGCAGAAGGUGACCAGCCUAACGGCCUGCCUAGUGGACCAGAGCCUUCGUCUGGAUUGCCGCCAUGAGAAUACCACCAGCUCACCCAUCCAGUACGAGUUCAGCCUGACCCGUGAGACAAAGAAGCACGUGCUCUUUGGCACUGUGGGGGUGCCUGAGCACACGUACCGCUCCCGAACCAACUUCACCAGCAAAUACAACAUGAAGGUCCUCUACUUAUCCGCCUUCACCAGCAAGGAUGAGGGGACCUACACGUGUGCACUCCACCACUCUGGCCAUUCCCCGCCCAUCUCCUCCCAGAACGUCACUGUGCUCAGAGACAAACUGGUCAAGUGUGAGGGCAUCAGCCUGCUGGCUCAGAAUACCUCGUGGCUGCUUCUGCUCCUGCUCUCCCUCUCCCUUCUCCAGGCCACGGAUUUCAUGUCCCUGUGACUGGUGGGGCCCAUGGAGGAGACAGGAAGCCUCAAAUUCCAGUGCAGAGAUCCUACUUCUCUGAGUCGACUGACCCCCUCCCCACAGUCCCUCACACAUCGAGGAGAAGUGGGGACCCCAUCCCUCAUCAGGAGUCCCAGUGCUGCAUGCAAUUAUCUACCCACAUCCCCGCGGCACCUCACCCUCUCCGCACACCUCUGGCUGUCUUUUUGUACUCUUUGUUCCAAAGCUGCUUCUGUCUGGUUUAUUUAGGGUUUAUCCUUCCUUUUCUUAGAGAGUUCGUGAAGAGGGAAGCCAAGAUUGGGGACCUGAUAGAGAGUGAGAACAUGUGAGGGGUAGUGGGAUGGUGGGGUACCAGCCACUGGAGGGGUCAUCCUUGCCCAUUGGGACCAGAGACCUGGGAGAGACUUGGAUGAGGAGUGGUUGGGCUGUGCCUGAACCUAGCACGGACACGGUCUGUCCUGAGAGCACUCCUCAGCAGGCAUGGCUGGUGCCUGAAGACCCCAGAUGUGAGGGCACCACCAAGAAUUUGUGGCGGAGGGAGAGAACUGAGCAUCUCCAGCAUUCUCAGCCACAACCAAAAAAAAAAAAAAAAGCAGCCCUCCUUACCACUGUGCAUGUUCCCCAAGGGCCUUGGGGCAUGAGCCAGUGAAGAUGCAGGUUUGACCGGGAAAGCAGCACUAGUGGAGGGUUGGAGGAGGAAGUAAAGGAUGAGGGUUCAUCAUCCCUCCCUGCCUAAGGAAGCUAAAAGCAUGGGCCCGCUGCCCCUCCCUGCCUCCACCCACAGUGGAGAGGGCUACAGAGGAGAAGACCCGCUCAGGCUGUCCCAAGCUCCCAAGACCUUCCAGAGCUCUGACCCACAGCCUCCAAGUCAGGUGGGGUGGAGUCCCAGAGCUGCACAGGGUUUGGCCCAAGUUUCUAAGGGAGGUACUUCCUCCCCUCGCCCAUUAGUGCCAGCCUCUGCUGGCUGGUGCCUGAGCCCCUCAGACAGCCCCCUGCCCCGCAGGCCUGCCUUCUCAGGGACCUCUGCGGGGCCCGAGGCAGGCCAUGGAGUGAGACCCAGGAGCUGGACACUUUUCGGGAAAUGGCUUUUCCCAACCCCCAGCCCCCGCCCGGUGGUUCUUCCUGUUCUGUGACUGUGCAUAGUGCCACCACAGCUUAUGGCAUCUCAUUGAGGAAAAAGAAAACUGCACAAUAAAACCAAGCCUCUGGAAUCUGUCCUCGUGUCCACCUGGCCUUCGCUCCUCCAGCAGUGCCUGCCUGCCCCACUUCGCUGGGGUCUCCACAGGUGAGGCUGGGGGAUGCCACCUCUUCCUCUUUCCUGACUUCUCCCCAACCCCUUAGUAGCGACGCUGCUGCAGGGGCUCAUGACUACACACUGGGCUUAUUUUCAGAAUGACCCUAACGAGACACAUUUUCCCAAAUAAACAAACAUCCCAUG